AGCGCCCCCGCCGCGGCGCGCGGAGCCUCGCCCCCUCCCCCCCCAACAGCCGCCCGCGAGCGCGGGGCGCACGCGGGGCUGGGCCAUGCCGCCGAAGGCCGCGGUCCUGAAGCGACCGGCCGCCGCGAAGUGUCCGGAGCCGGAACCCGAGGAGGUCGAGGACGAGGAGGAGGAGCCCGAGGAGUCCGCCGUGGAGGAGCCCGCUGCCGAGUCGGCGGCGGAGCUCGCCGCCCGCGUCAUGCACGUGUCCGCGACUAAGAGCGCGCCGCCGACGUCAGCGGCGGGGGGCGCGCCGGCGGAGGCGACGCCCUCCUCCCCCGCGAAGCCCGCCGCGCCCGAGCCGCUGCGCGUGCGCUACGAGGCCGCGGACGCCCCGCGCCCCGCCCCGCUGCGCGGCGGCCUGCUGCGGCUGCAGCGCGAGGGCAGGCUCUGCGACGCCGCCCUGCUCGUGGCCGGGGAGCGCCUCCCAGUGCACCGGGUGGUGCUCGCGGCCCACUCGGACGACCUCGGCGACCGGUCCGAGCUGGACCUGCAGGCCAUGAGCCGCGAGGCGGCAGACAUCCUGCUGCUCUACCUCUACGGCGAGGUCGCGGACGCCGCAGCCUUCUCGCCGUCCAGCGGACAGGUGCUGGAGGAGGUCCUGCAGCUCGCGUUCGAGCUGGGCCUGGCGCCCCUCGCGGAGCUCUGCGCCGCGAGGCUCGCCGCGGACACCGACGUCGCCAACGUCGCCGCCCGCGUGCGGCUGUGCGAGCAGCGCGGGCUGCCCCGCCUGCGCGAGGCCCUGGUCAGGGCGCUGUUGGAGGACGGGGCCGCGCUGCAGACGGUGGCGCAGGACGCGGUCACGGUGAACCACCCGGCACUCAUGCAGGAGUUGCUGGCCGCCAUCGCGCAGCAGGCGCGCGCGGCCGCGGAGGCCGACGGGGCGGACAGGCCCAGGAAGCAGGCGCGCUGCCGCUGAGGAGGCGGGCGCGGCAGCGGAUUCCCACGCGUCGUGCCACGCUCUGCGCUCCCGCAGCCGUCGGGAUGGCUCAUGGCAGUCUCACGGCAGCUCUCGCUCAAAUUCUCAUUCGCCAGAUCUUAUGUAGUUGCUAUUGGGAUGCAUUUCUUUGCUUUGCCUGUUCCACUAUAUUGGGACGGUCUUGUAGUUGGAUCAGCCGCAUGGCCGUCUGGGGUUCAAAUUCAUGUUUUUGCACUGGUUGCUGUUCUUACGACUGUUGUGGUGUGAUGUCUAAUUAUAUUGAUGGUCGGUUGGACCAUGUGGGGAUAGACUGCGCCAUCACCAGUCCCCCUCACCUCGCUUCAUAUUCGUCAGGCGAACAUUAUGAUCCAAGCGUACUGCGUUUCUCGGGCAUGCGAAAAGAACGGCAGGACAAAGAGGCAGGCCUGACCUAGCAGCAGUAAGCAAAUUGAGGGCCAAACCUGUGGCAAU